AUGUGGCGUCAACGCUUGAAGACGCUUUUCUGGAAAGAAAAGUUUAUUUUGUGGAUCACCGUCGUAUGCGGCUUCUGUAUUCAAGUCGGCGAUGCGUCAAGAUCAAUCUCAAUCCCCAUCUACAUCGAAAAACGACUGAAUGCAGGUCGUGAGGUGUACGACAAACAUUCCACGCCUACUCAGGCUGAUGGUAAAAGUUCGUUGUUUUGCUUGUUAAUACUAACCAGCUAACCCAUGUCAGAGUUGGUUAGAGUGUAAUUGAGGUUAUUUUAGGUACACCAACAGUUGUUAGCUUGUCCAUGUAUAUUGAAGGUAUCAGUUCGUUUCGUACCCAAACCAUGGACUUUCAACUGGACGUGUACUUUCAACAGUUUUGGAGGGAUUCGAGGUUGGCGCAUAAUGAGUCAAAGUAGGUAUUAUUAUCUAUCUACGAUUGUUUUUAACUUUGUUAAAAGUAUCUAACAAAAGGGGCCGGGACGAGCUUAUUUUUUCGACCUGCCCUGGCUUUCUACAAACUUUCAUUGCGGGACUAAAGCUGGAUCUAGGGCCCGGAAAUUGGGCCUGCGUUUGCCGGCUUUUUUGAAAUUCGUUUUGGUUUGGCUAGACCUGGACCCAGGCCUAUUAGGACCCCUUUUAGCCUUAUUCAUAAGAAAUGGCACAAUGGUCACUCUUCUUAUUCUAGGACCAUUAAGAUUACUCAAAGGUAUAAAACAUGUUAACGUGAAAACUCAGAUUUAAGCCUAAGGACCAGCUUUUUUUGGCAAAAUUACAUUUAUUUAAAGAGGUCACUCACUAUCUUCAAAUUUUCUCUUAAACAAUGUUAUACUUGAAAGUUCAAAGAGCAGUCUUUAAAAUAAUUUGAUUUCAGGCGGAUUUUAAUUCGAGACAAAGAGAUUCUACACAAGAUGUGGCUUCCUGACGUCUAUUUUGCUAACAGGUAAUCUGAUUAUCAGGAAGUGGUACUGCCAGUAAAAUGUUUUGUAAAAUACGAGCCUUUUUAUACUGUUUUUCUUAAUUUUUAGUGGAGCUUCUGUAUAAAAAACUUCUCUAUAAAGAAGACUUUGUAUAGGAAACAACUUUUACUAUAUUGUUGACCAAUACUACACAGUGCAUUUAAAUUUCUCACAUAAAAAACUGCUUUAAAAUGAAAAUACCGUAUAACUGACAAAUUUUAAAUUCACGAAAAAUUCGUUAAGCAGGAGCUCUACUAUAUUAAAAAUAUGAAAAAAAUACUUAAAAACUUACAUUUCAGUCGAAUUGCUCAGUUCCACGAAGUAACACAGGCCAACUUUUUGUUGUGGAUUGAGCCGGACGGGUCUAUUUUCUAUGAUACACGUGUGUCCAUGGUUGUUAUUUGUGCUAUGCAGCUUCAUGUAUGUUUAUCUUAGAGUACAGGUGAUAAUACUAAAAUUAUCAGUACCAAUUGGAAAUUAAUUGUCUUUAAGAAGCUAAAAUUAAUUUUGGGCGGGUGAUUUUAGUUUUAAGGUGUAGGUAGGGGGGGGGGUAAAAUUUUUUUUGAAAUAUUGGAAUAUUAUGACCGUGCUCAUAAAUGACAUUUUUUAAAAAUUUAUUGAAUUUUUAGCACUACCCUCUAGACUCGCAAUGGUGCAAUCUAAGGAUGUUAUCAUGUAAGUACAUCAAACUUUUUACCUAUAACAAUAUUAACAUUAACUACCCAAGAUACGAGAGUUAGUUUAGCUUCGUUUUCACGAAAAGUUUCAAAAUUUUUAGACGCAUAUGAUGUAGAAGAGUUAGUGAUAGCAUGGAUCGACCAAGACCCCAUUACACGAAAUCCUAACAUAACUCUACCUGAUAUGCAAAUUGAAAGACUGGAGCCGGGAAUUUGUGACGGUAACUACAGUACGGGUGUGUGGAGUUGUGUAACGGCAGAGUUUUUCGUGUCCAGAGAGAUUACACAUCACAUCAUGCAAACAUACGUUCCUACGGUAGGUUUUGAUACGGGAGGGUAAGGUAGGGUAGGUCUGAGAAGAUCAAGAUAGAGUAGGGUAGGAUGGGUAAGGUAAGUAGGGUAGGGUAUUGCUUGGCAGGAUGGUGUAGGUUAGGCUAUAUGUUACUAUGUCUUUAGUUUUGAUCUUACUUACUGUUAUAUAAUUUUUAGUCACUGAUAGUCGUUAUCAGCUGGUUUUCCUUCUGGCUAGGUCUUGAUGUUGAGGCCGUACCAGCUAGAGUCAGUUUAGCUAUCACUACGGUAAGGUAUUUUAAAAUUAAAUAAUAUUUAUGAGGUUGUUCAAGUAAUUAUGUGCCCCUUCUCAAAGAAAAUGUUUGGGGUUAGGGGCACAUAAUUACUUGAAGAUCAAAUAUCACAAUAAAAUUAACUUUAUAAUCUGUGAAAAUAUUUCAGUUACUGACGUUAUCAACGCAAGCCAACUCGGUGCGAACGACACUGCCAGAAGUGUCGUAUAUGAGGAGUAUUGACAUAUUUUUGACUAUAUCUGUGCUGUAAGUGUUGUUAACUAUACAUAUACAUGUCUAUUUACGGGGUCAAAUGUAUAUACGUACCUAUGUGUACAUACUCAUGACUUUUAGUAAAGAAUAGGCUCAUUAAAAAAGUCUUGUCGUUAAUUUACGUUUGUUUGCACUGUCAAAAACGACAAAAUUAUAUAAGCGUUGUAAAAGAUAAUAAGUGGGUAUUGAUAUACUUAUACAAUAAAAUACUCUUGCAAAUGCUCAUGUAUUACAUAUACUAGGUAUGUACUUUCAGAUUUGUAUUUGGAGUAAUGAUAGAGUUUGUGGUAACAAAUUACACUCAACGUAAAGGUAAGCCCUUAUUGCUUGCGCCAUUUUUAACCCGGUUUUUCUAUUUUUAACCUUUUAUUUUUAACUUUCCACCGUGCCGUUAUAUCCGCGUAUUGGUCUAUAACAAGGUAUGAGCGUUUUCAAACAUUUUCUCGGUGUUUUUACUUACAUUUUUCAUCGUAUCUUGCUUGUAGUGGCUUUUUAGUUCAUAACAUAUGUUGUACUUGAUAGUCCUAUUGUUAUGGGAGGCGUCGUUAUAUAUUUUUGGGAGGGGCGGGGGUGAGCUAGUGUAGGAGAAGCUAGGGUAAGAAAGGGUAGGGUAGGACAAAGCAGAGCAAAGAAGGCCAGGGCGGUACAGUGCAAAGCAGUGCGGUGCAAUUUAAGGCAGAGUAUGGUAGAAUUUUGUAGAGUACGGUAAAAUAGAGUACGCUAGGGUAGAGUAGGGUAGUGUAGGGUAGACUAAAGGAGGGCAGGGCAGAUCAUGUUGGGGCUGGUCACAUCAGGUCAGAGCAAGGCAGGGUAAUGUAAGAUAAGUACGUGAGUAGUAAGAAAUACUUGAGGGUAAGAUGCGAUUGGGUAGGGUAGCGUAGGGUGAAUUAGAGCAGUAGGGUUCAUUUGAGUAGGGUAGGAUUCCUCAUCUCUCCACCCCUCCUGAUCUCUUAACGACGCUUCUGGUAGAUAUAAUAACUAAAGUAACUAAGUUCUUUAAAUAAUUCUGGGCCUCUUCUCAAAGACAUUUUUUAAAGUUAUUGGCCACAGAAUUACCUUAACAACCUAAUACUUGAGAUGUAGAUUAAAAUUAAACCCAUAUAUAGUGAUGUGAUAUACUAUAAAAGGUUAAGACUGAACAUGAAAAUAACUUUUUGUUUUCAGCGAUAGAAAAAAUUGCAGCUCGAGCAUGCGCCAAUAUGCAAGAUGAGAAUGUGAAACAACUACCACAGAAACACAAUAGUAUUGCCAAUGCAAAGGAUCUAAGCUCCAAAGCAAGGAACUUCAUGGGACGCAUCUUCAGAACUUACACUGAUCAGAAGAACCUUAUUGAUGUAAGUUUAGAUUUUUGAAUCUUUUUUUUUGUGCAGGGAUCAGAUUUUAGAAAUUUUGAAAAAAAAUUUUUAAUUUUCGAAAAAUUUUAAGUGAAAUUUUUCAAAAAAUGAAAAAAAAAUAUUUAGAAACCACUUUGUAAACAUGACGUUGCUUUUGUUUAUUUACAUUUUUUUCGAAACCAAAGUACGAAGUUUUUAAAGAAGCAUCCUCUGAUAAUCACGUACAAGUUCAGAGCGAGAGAUUUGGUAUUAAGGAAGGGGUGGGAAGAGAAGAGGAAAAAUGUUGGCGGUAUAAUAAAAUACAAAAAAAUUAAAUUAAGGGGACCCUAAAGAAAGCAGAAGUAUGUGUACUGUAAACGUGAAUUCCGAGCUCUAUAUCGCUUUUUCCUAACGUAUCUACGUACUCUCUCUAUAUAAGCAACCCGAAGGGACCAAUAUUUUGUGUUUACUAGGGGGUGUUGUCUUUACUUUUUAGUGCAAAUUCACUUGGCGGGGCCAAAUUUCUUGUUCACUAUAAGGAGAGUUGCUUAUACAGAUGGUUUACUAUAUAGAGAGGCCACUGUACUAAAAAAUUGAAAAUUAAAAAUUUUUUUUUGAAAUUAUAUUUUUAACUUUUACACCAUUCAGUAGCAAAAAAUCAAAAAGAAUUUUCAGAUGCAAGAUUCAAAUGGAAUUCAACCGAAUGACACGAUUCCAAUGAGGCAUAGACAUAGUGACGACCCCAGGAUACGACACUACUGGACUACAACACCUCCAUCAAAUGCUGCUGAUGAGCAAUCACUAGCUUCCUGGGCUUCAUUACGAAGACAUCGGGGAAGGGUUAUGACUAAUGUAGGUUUUUUGCGCUUAUAGCAGGAUCUUUAUACUGUUAGAGUAGGGUCGUGCUUUAUAUGUUAGAGUAGAGUAAGAUACAAUAGGUAAAAGUACAGCACAGUAGGCGACUGUAGGGUAUGAUAGAGUAGAGUAUAUUGUAUACAAUGCAUAUUUUUCAGUCCAAUGGCCAAGUCCAAUCGGUGAUAACAUCCCAGCCGCCAGAGUACGAUCAUCAAUGGAGAGAAAGAGAAGCCGAAAGGCUAGCUAACUGGUCCAGGCCAGAGUUAAGUUGUGAUGGACUGAUGGACACCAAUAACAGAAACUAUUGGAAUAACAAUAACGAAAACACUCGAGAUUCGAAUGUUGAUCAAACUUUCAAUGAGAACACCACAUCACCGGCUAAAAGCACAGUCAGCGGGGCUUUGAAGUGGACUAGUGUUAUCAGGCAGAUCCAGAAGAGCAAGUAAGUCAUUUUUUUAAAUUUAAUACAAUUAAAUUUUUUUUUAAAUUCACGAUGUUUUAGUGGCGUAUUUUACAGAUAAAAGUAAUUUAUGAAGUUUAUGCAGAAUGUAACAAAAGGUAUGGAAAAAUGGACGAAAUGUCACAAAUUAAAAUGGCUUUUUGGGAGCAAUAAAACUUAUUUUAAUACGUUUUUCUGAUUAAAAAUAGUAUAAUUUAAUGAUAGGUUUCGAAUUAAAAAAAAUUGACGAAAUGUCAAAAACUUCAUUGGAAAAGAAGAAGAAAUGUCAUAAAUUUCAAUGAUUUUUUAUGGGACAUAAAACAGGGCUGGGCGAAACAAAAAAAUUUUGUUUCGCGAAACACGAAACGAAAGUAAAUUAUUUUCGUGCGAAACGAAACGAAACACGAAACGAAACAAAAUUUACGAAUUUAUUAAAAAAUCUUCAUAAAAAUCAAAUUUUAUGCCGUAAAUGGGUAUUAACCUUAAGGAAUAACAAGUUCUGAAGCAUCUCACUUGUCAUGCUUCUUCGAUAGUCAGUCAAAACAGUCCUUGCUGUCGAAUUUUGAUGUGCUUUAUUACAAAAAGAAUGUAACCUUUCCUACAAACCGAAAUACUUGUUUCGAAAGACUUACAUUAUCCAGAAUAUUACGCUCUUCCUUUGCUGGUGCCCCGUCCGCUACAAUUUCUUUCCAUACGUCCGGGUGUUUCUGUAUUAAAUGGUGCCGGAAAGAGCUAGUUGAGGAAUGAUUUGUUGUGUUUCGCACUUUUACCUUACAUGUUAUACAGACUCCUUCGUUAAAAAAGGGAUUGUAUUUCGACAUUUGUUUAUGCCAAAAUAUGUUUAAAAUUAAAGUAAAAACAAUUUUCAACGGUAUACAACAGAAUGCCAAAAAUUUUUAACAUUGGUUGGUUUUCGGGUUGAGAAAUAUUUUUUUUUGUUUCGUUUCCGAAACAAAAUUUGUGCCUCUUUCGCGCGAAACGAAACACGAAACGAAAUUUUCGCCCAGCCCUGACAUAAAACAAAUUUUAAUACAUUUUUAGGCUAGAAAUAGCAUAAUCUAAUGAAAAUUUUAGAAUUUUUACGAAGUGACGAAAUGUCAAGAAUUUCAUUGGACAAGUGGAUGAAAUGUCACAAAUUUAAAUGAAUUUUAAUAUCAAUAAAAUUUGUCUUAACACUUUUUGUAAUCAAAAAUGGUAUAAUCUAAUAAAAAUUUUAACAUUUUCACAAAAUGACAAAAUUUCAAGACAUUUAUGGGAAAAAUAAACGAAAUGUCACAAAUUUUAAUUUGGCUUUGCAUUAUAAAUUUCAAUUUCAGAGCCUCACGAAAAGAGUUUGGCAAGAUGCAAGCGAAGAAGAUUGACGAAUGGAGUCGUUGGGUGUUUCCUCUGUCCUAUCUGAUGUUCCACAUCGUCUACUGGAGCUACUAUUUAUACUGGCAUGGUAAAGGCAGAAAAUUUUCGAAAGAUUGGCAGUGAUUUGGUUUGAUUUCUCCUUUCGUUUCGUGUAGAUUUUUGAUUUUGUAGCUGGUGUUGUGGUUAUUAGUACUUCUUUUUGUGUAAAAAUUUUAAAAAAUGAUGACAUUUUUAGGUAAACGGAAAAUUGUUACCUAG